AUGUUGUUCAAGGGCCCCUGUUCAGUGCAUUCGCGCCCGGCGCACAUACUGAUGGCACUGGUCCUUCUCGGGCUGUUCGUACAAACUCUCCGCAUAACCACUGAUCGCAAGAGAAGCCCGCUUUUGAAAGAUGCGGAAAUCAUUCCAGAGGGAAAUGCAUCACCGGAGGAGCUCUAUCUGGGCCGGCUCACCCGAGAAUUGGGCCUGUCCCACGAGGCGUCCUGGUUGGCAUGGAGGAUCCAACCCACCGAGCAGUCUGAGGUUUGGCCGAGUGUGACGGAGGUUCAACUCAACUUUGGGGCUGUCACCCCCAAGACCAUUAAUCUGGCGAGCCCCGACCGGAUGGAUCUGUAUGCGAAAAAGAGAAUGGAAUUGCCUGUGCCUACGGGCCCUAAGCUGGGGGAUGUCGACGCUUCCGACUUUCUUUUUGGCAUUUCCACGACAUAUGCGCGCAUCUCGGACCGUGAUUAUGCUAUGAUCAAGGCGUGGGCCCGUUGGCUCACCGAUGGCCACCAUCACAGUAACGGGGCCAGUAUGGUGGUAGUGCUGGACCAGGCGAAUGCCGGCCAGCUCGAUGAGGUGGACCGCGCUCUCCAGGCAUCAGGCCUCGACUGCUGGGUCACGACAACGGAGGAGCCCAUGUCAAUGGCCCGGAGAUAUUUUGAGCUUACCCGGAUUCUGAAGACAUUUGCUGCUAACCUGGCGGCCAACGGCCAGAACAAGCGGUGGUUUGGCCUUGUGGAGGACGACGUGUUUUUCCCUAGCUUGUCUUACCUCCGUGAUAGGUUAUUCACGUACAACACGGAUCAGCAGCACUAUAUCGGUUUGCCGAGUGAGAAGCUGGAUUGGGACACGUCGGAGAACGAGCAGAUCCAGACCCACGGAGGCGGUGCCGUGCUUCUCACACUGAGCGCACUUACACGAAUCCCAAACCUGCCCUGCUUCGAAGCAGAGCAUUCAAAGAAAACCUCCUUCAAGUCCAAGAGAUGGGACGAACUUCUACACACAUGCUUGAUGAAGCACACGGAUUUGCAGAUGCACGUACUGCCUGGGUUUUACUCGCCCAACGAUAAAACGAUCGAUGAGAACGUGGAUAGUUAUGAGACCGGCCAACAGCCACUCCUUCUCCGCCGCUACGCUCACCGCCACCUACUCAACAUUAACAAGGCUCACCUGGUUACCAAUGUUUGCGGCGAGUCGUGUUUCAUGCAACGCUAUCUUUUUAAGGAUAACUGGGUUCUCGUCAAUGGAAUUUCGAUUACGCAGUACCCUGACGGUGUGAAGAUAGAGCACAAAGACCCCCACAACGGUGCGCCUACGGAGGAGAAGAAGGAAGAUAAACAAAAACGGUCGAACCUUGAGGCCGAGGAGGCCGAGCGAGAUGUCUCGAGCUCCCUCAGCAGGCGUUUGUUUAUCGACGACGACUCCGGAUCCGUGGACCGGGCCACACUUUCGUGGUCAGGACGAAGGAACGCAUGGAAGCUUGUGGACUCUGCCGUGAGCAAAGACGGAGCAGUGUGGCAGGCUUAUCUGAAGAGAGGGAAGAAGAACUCCGCUCGAGACGUACAACAGCAACAACAACAAGGCAAUUCAGCCGACGAAAAAGAUUCCAUUAUUGUUUUGGUUUGGGAGCAGGCAAAGAGCGCGUUAUAA